AUGGCGACUUCCAGGAGAAGCGUGGGGAAUACGAGUGCACAGUUAGAAGAUGAUGAUGCGUUCGUUUAUGUCUUUGAUCGAAGAGACAGCGAUAUUCCUGAAAUCAAAAUUCCAACAGGAGGACUUUUCACUUAUGUAGAUUUCAAAGCGCGUGUUCGUGAAGCACUUGGGAUAAAGAAGUCAGAGUCUUUUGUAAUAGCCACAACCAACAGAGAGGAGAUUAAAGAUGACGAUUCCUGGGAUAUUAUUGACAAAGGAGAUACGCUGUACAUAUUACGAAAUAUUCAACAGGAGCUAUGUGCUCCUGCCCAGCAGCGGGUCAGUUAUCUACCCCAUUAUGACACUAUUGUCAAAGGAGGGAUGUAUGAAUAUUAUGCUUCUGAGGGACAGAAUCCACUUCCCUAUGCAUUUGCUGAGUUAAUUGACAAUGCUUUAGCUGCCACCUCAAACAAUCAGGGAUCUCGCGCUAUAGAAAUCCGACUGCACAUUGAUGAUGGUAACCCCAGUAGGAACUGUGUGUAUGUGAUAGACAACGGGAAAGGAAUGACGCCACGACAACUCAACAACUGGGCCAUCUAUCGUCUUUCAAAGUUCAUCCGCAAGGACAAGCGAGGCAAAGUAAGCUGUGGUGGUGAUGAAGAUGAAGAUAAGAAACUGGCACAAAGUUCAGGCUACACUCCACUCUCCCUCAACAGUGACAUUUCCUAUUUUGGUGUUGGAGGAAAGCAGGCCAUCUUCUUUAUAGGAAACUCAACCAGGAUGAUAACAAAACCCAAAGAAUCCAAGGAUGUACAUGAGCUCACUAUUUCAAAAGAAGAAUUCCAGAUGAAAGAGAAGAAUCAGGAGGCUAUAUACAGUGGUUACAUUAGAAACAGACAGCCUGGCGAUGCAUCCCACAUAGCUGCAGAGGAUGAGAUCCUUGGGAAGGUGAUCGAGGAAGAGAAAGACCGAGAACAUUUCACUGUAGUAGAAAUUCACGGAAUCAACCAGCAACAUAUGUCUUAUCUCAAACUGCACAUGAAGCAGUGGACACGACAGCUGGCGCAUAUCUACCAUUACUACAUUCAUGGACCAAGGGGAAAUGCUGACACAGAAGAAACAAACUCCGGCAGAACUCCAAGUCCCUUCAAAAACAUUGACAUUGAGGUGAAGUUGUUUACAAAGGGUCACCCCCAACCACGUGUUGUUAAUCUACGAGAUGUAGACGAUGACAUGCAGACCCAGUUCAUACGCACUGCAGCCAACUCCUUUGAGUUCAAAGCCAGUGUGGAGGGUUCGGGUGUUGUGGAGGGUGUGCUUAGGUAUCACCCUUUUUUGUAUGAUCGAGAGACCUAUCCUUCUGACGCCAAUGAUCCGAGAAUUGAACCAGAAGCUUUUGAUGACCAUGACUAUGCCAUCAACGACCGGCCAGCUAGAGGGAGACGACCGGUGUUUGAAUGUUACUGGAAUGGCCGUCUGAUUCCUUAUACUUUUAUAGAGAAUUUUGAUUGGUGCGCUGAACCAAAGAAGAGUAGAGCUGUACCGUUGGAAUGUUAUAACAGAAUAUCCGGGGUGUUGUUUACAAAUGACCAUUUCCAGGUGAGCACCAAUAAGCUCACGUUUAUUGACCUGGAAAUGAGAUUACGAGAGAAGAACACUGUGUAUUCACAUCUCGUCAAUGGACAGGAGCGGAGAACAGCUAUAGAUCGGGAGUUUGUGGCUUGGCUAAAGGAAUGCCAUGAUCAGAGUGAUAAACAGAUACGUUUCUCACACUUCAAAGGUGUUGUGACUCGCCAAGACCUACCCAAACACAAACAGUUUCCCUGGUCUGUUUACGAACAGGUGGACUGGGAUGGCAAGGUCUUCAAGAAAGGUCAAUUGGUGAGGAUACAGCGGACUGUGCCAAUGCUACUAGGUACCAUCAAACGUUUCCUGCUGUACGGAGAGAAUGACAAUGAUGUAUAUGCAACAGGAGGUGAUAUUGAGGUCAGCCAGGAACCAAAGUCCCUCUACGAUGAUGAGAAAAUUGUACCCCUGUCGAAGCUUGACCGUAGCUGUUCCUCACAGGCGGUCCGUAGACACAUUGACGAGGAGGAGGCCAAAUUACCAUCUACUCUGAUCGUGAACUGGCCAGAGGGUUAUGAAGUGAAACAGAAUGAGAGACGACCUGCAGGAAAAACAGUGGGCGACAUCAAAGUCCAGAUUGCUAACAAGAAAGGUGAGCUGAUCAGCAAGCUCCCAGGGACUGCAGUAGUGUCCAAGAAACUCCUUGUAGAGCUCAAGGUUGUGUGGCACUCUAGCAGUGGUGAUGAAGUCAUGGUGUCACAUAUUAGUCAACAUGGAAAGAACUGGCCUUAUUGGUUUAGAAAGAUGGAGAACAUAAAGAACCUAGGACCCCAUACUUUAUCAUUACAAGUGGUUUUGAAUGAGAGUGGAGCUAAUACCUAUGCUGGUAAACAACUACCCUCAUACAAGAUCAAGUUCCAUGUCACAGAGGCUGAACCAGAGAAGUUCACUGUCGGAAUGUUAGAUGGACCGUUCAGAGUUGGUGUUCCGUUCCAGAUUCCAUUGGAGUUUCAGGAUGAGUUUAACAAUCACAGUAAACCAUCCAUCAAGUUUUCUCCAGAACUGGAGGCGAGUGGACUAGAGCUGAGUUAUGAGUCAACACAGGUGAAAGGUUUUAACUUAAUCAUCAAGGGGAUUGUGGCCAAAGGAAGUGUAGCUGGUAGUGCUGGAAAGAGUUUCAUCAUGACCAUUAAAGUACCAGGACUGGAACAAGACAGUCAGACACUCAAGAUUAGGCUUUUACCAGGUCCCCCUCACAGCCUGUUUGUAGAUUGUGACAAGGAGCUAGAGAUUGAAAACGGUAAGGCUGUGGCUUAUAAUGUAGAGGUACGGGACCAGGCCGGUAAUCCCACCAGUGAUGCCAAACUCAUCAUCACAUGUAAGUUUGCUGGGGUGUCAGGAUUACCCACAUAUACGCUAGAUUGUUCUGGGAGUGGGACAGGUACAUUGACUGGAGACCCCAUCAACUUGAAACAGAUCAAAGACUAUCAGACACUCACAGCUAUGAUAGAACUACAGAAUCACAAGCAGGUUGGUGUAGUGGAGAGAUUUAUUAAGAUGUUACCUAGCAACCGUGUGGCAAGUAUCCAGGUACGGAUGCUGAAGGAUGAUGGAAAGAUAACCAUGCUGAAGUCAGGCAGUUCCAUAACAGGCCGAGCAGGGGAUCACAUUAACAACAUUAGUUUCUCAUUGUUCGAUGAAGCGGGAAGAAAGUUAGAGAUAGAUGAAAAACUGGCAGGAAAAUUAAAAGUUAACUGGGUUCAGAAGAUUCCACGUGACACUGUGAUCGAGGGACACCUCCCCGAUAUUAAGGUACCAGCCACCAUACAAGACACAAAGUACUGCCAAGUUACUGUGCAGGACUCUUCAAAUAUUGACUUCAGUUUCACUGUCACGCCUACGCCCACAGACCCCAGCCAGAUCAAGUGUAAAUGUAGUGGAUCUAACAGGGUCCGUAUUGGGGAGACACUGGAUGCUCCUAUUCUAGUCACAAUCAAGGACAAGUUCGGCAAUGAGAUCACAGAUCUGCCUAAAAAUACAUCUCAAGAGGUACAGGUCAGUGGUGAUGGUCUCAGAACCGAUGAGGUGAAGGUCACAUAUUCCAAGGGAAAGUUCAGUAUACAAUCUGUUACACUAGAGAGAGGAAAGACAGGAAUACGAGACCUGAAAGUUGCAUGGAAAGACUUUCGGGAUUUUGUCAAAUUGGAACUUACUGCUGGACCACCCACAAAGCUAUCAUUGCCCGGGUGGGAAUCUGAUGAGACUGUGACUGUUCUGAAUGAGAACAAACUUCCCCGACCCCUCAUAGUUCAGUUAUUGGAUGAAGGAGACAAUGAAGUCAACAUGCCAGAUAUCAAGAUACAGUUGGCCAAGGACACGAAGAUCAAAUUUGUGCCAUUCCUGAUGCCAAAGAAAUCCAAUGCAAGUGGACAGGUGGACUUUGGAACAGUAGCAGUUAUGGGACAGAGGGGAAGCUAUGAUAUAGAACCAAGAGCAUUUGUUUCUGGUGAGACGAUCGUUGGCCCCAAAGUUACCAUUCUCAUUCAACCAGAUAUGACAAGACCUGUGGAGAUGAAGGUGGAAUACAACAAAAAGGCAACAUUCCAAGUUGGCCAGAUGAUGCCAGAGUUUACCAUUCGUAUCCUGGCAGAGGAUAACCAACCAAUGAAGGGAGCCAAGGCAGCUAGUAUAUCUAUGAAGCUUUGGAAAAUGGAUGUCCGCAGUCAGAACACUCCUCCAUCCAGGGCAGUGUCCUUUAGUCCCGAGUCAGUGAAACAGAAUCCCGGUGUUUUUAUUUUCAAAGAAAGAAAGAUUCCUGAGAUUUCUGGAAUUCACAACAUAAUGAUCACCUACUACGAUGGCAGAUAUGAACUAUUUAGCAAUGUGAUCACAGUUGAUGUCAAGCCAGGUGCUCCAGUGAAGCUCGGAUCCAUGGAACAGCCAGGCACACCCACUGUAUCUAAUACACAUAAUGCUGCAGCACGUUGUGUCAUACGUAGUCUCAAAGUCGACCUGAGGGAUGAGUUUGACAAUACCGCAGGUUUAGGGUACAGUGGUAAAAUUAACCUAGAGAUAAUGGGUAUGCCAGGAGUUUCUGAAGUACCUGCUUUUGUUGGGGGCAACAGGACUCUCCAGUUUAACAUGAGCAAUGGCCAGUGUGUGUUAUCUAAUCUAACUCUGGCAGAAAAUUCGGCUGGAAAAGACGGCUAUGAGUACUUUCUGAGAUGUGUUGUUGAAUGUGAUUUGAUUCCCCGUAAUAAAAGUAUUCCGGCUUUGGACAUUCCUUUUCUCUUCUACAAUGAUGCCAAAAAACAGUCUCAGAUGACUUCAUUGUCACGGCAACGGGAUGAUCUCAGAUCUGUCAUUAAAACCUACAAGUCCCUUUUUGAAACAACGGAACAGCUGGUGAAGGAGCUGAAAAUCUCUGUACAUGAAGCACAAGUGGAAGAAAACAAGAUUAGAGAGGAUCUGAGAAAGCUAAAGGUUCCUCUAGUCCAUUUACAGAAUAUACCUAGUGUUGACAAACUGAUAGAAGAAAAAUCCCGUAGCCGUGACCAUAUCCGUACUUCUAAACGAAGAACAUGUGGUCUAACGGAAGCUCCAGCAGACAAUGAGGUCUUGGGCAAAAUCGGCCACUUGGGUCAGAUAGAGGAAGAAGAUAUUGCACGAGUGUUAUCAUGGCAUAUGUCAGCUGAUAUGGACUGUGUUGUCACUCUCACCAACAAAAAGGCUAAAGAAAUAUAUGCACAGACCAAUGGAAAGCAGCAAGUUUUACCCAUCGACUCAAUAUUUAAGAAAAACCUUCCAGAUUGGAAAAAACCUUUACCUCAUGUGAAAUAUAAGCCCAGCUGGCAUCCUCCCGGCAACCCCAUCUACGCAAGAAAUCUCAUCAUUUUCCCACAGAAUGAAGACAAAUGCAAGAUUGUUUUUGGUAUGCUGUUGGGCGAUACCUUAAUACUAGAUAAUUUGGACCACGCUAAUGAAUACAGACAGGAGCUUGUGAAAUACACACACUGUCCUACCAUCCUGACACGUCUUGGUGAUCGAAUUCGUAGUAAUGGAAAAUUUGGAGGUCUUAUGAACAAGGCUCUUUCUAUAGAAAAACUACGAGGGGCAGUGUUUAGUGAACCUUUGCCCUCGAGUUAUCAUGACCUUGCUAACCAGUUGGAGUUGCUCCAGAAUUAUCGUGUAGCAAUGACAAAGUCGGGGAAGGCGAAGAGUGAGCUGGCAGAGCAGGUGGCUCAUAUGAAACUGCCAGAAAUGCAAGAGAAAUACAAGGAAUGUCGAGAAGCUGAGGGCGAGCUCAAAGACGUUGAACAAAAAUUAGGUGUGACAAUGUCUACUCCCAGGAUUCCUGCCUCUGAGAGAGGAAAGACGAUGCAUCCGCCUCCCAGCUCAGAAGAAGGGCCAUCAGCAUCUAAACGGCCCAAAGUGUCUGGAAGCACAACACCACAAACUACAAUUCCAAACGGCAGUACCACUCCAAGCUCAGCUUCCACUUCCAGUAUUGUGGGCACACCAACACGAAAGAGUGGGCGACUGGCUUCCAUGUCCCCAGUUACAUCUGAUGACGGCAGGAAACGAUUAAGACGAACGUAGCAUUCAAAACAUAUGUUCUUAAGUUUGUGUACUCAUAGAAUUUGAAAGCUUAGUUCACAACUCAAUGUAAACUUUUCCAGUUUUGUUUAAAAAGAUUAUUACAGAUUCAAUUUUUUUCUGUCAGUUUUUUGGUCUAGACUGUAGACCAAAGAAAACAUUUACAAAGAACUUGUUGUGGUGAGGAUGACUUUUCAAUGAUCCUUCUAAACAUUUUGUCUGGGAAAACUUUGGUUACUAUUAUUUUCUACUGUGUUUAGUGUACUUUGGUUUUGAUAAUCUAACUGUUCAAAAAUAAACAGCAGGCUGGACCAUACUGGUACUAGAUAUUAAACAUAUAUACCCUUUCUAGUCAUUCUGAUAAAACCAGUUUAAUAAAAAAACAAAAAUUACAGGUAAGUUGACUUAAUGCCAAACUUGGCUGUGUUGGUGUUGAACAAAGAUCAUUCUUCAGUAAUCAUAUUGGCUUCCACACAACAACCAUUGUAUUAUGAAUAAUAAUCUUUUCGCAAAGUUUUUUUGACAAGUUCGGUGUAACUUACCUGUUUUCAGUUUAAGUAUCUGAUUUCAGCCCAGAAAUCACUAUCAUUACUUGAGGAUGGACCUGGUCAUCUUGGAUUUUAAUACCAAAGUUGUUCAAAUUUUACUUCCAUUAACAGUAUCAAAUUCUUAGAAUAUAAAUAGGAAUCUUUAUAAUGGACAGUAUCUGCAUCAAAUUCUAUUUUAGUGCAAAAAGAACUGUUUUUCCAGAUCAAAAACUUUGAUAUCAGUGUGCAAUAGACCAUGAAUGUGUUGUUUGUAUGAUAAAGCUCAACAUAACGGAACUCAGUGUUUAAGUAUUUUAGUUUCCCUAACAAUGGAACGUCGCUGACGACAUAAUUUGGAUUUAUUUGGCAGCUAUUCACUUUCAUCUCUCAUUAGUUCAUAUCAAACUUUAUAUAUACAUUUCACAAACAUAUCAUACAUACCUAACAAAAAAAACAUCUCCUUAAGGGGAGAUAAUUUAUCUUGCAUCAAAUUCUGUACUUGGAAAUGUUUCAAGAAAAAGAACUGUUUUGUAGUAUUUCAUCACAAAAAUAUUGUACAUUAUAUGUUUUUGUAUCCUUUCUAUGUCAAUUUGUGAAUUAAAAUUAUUGAUGUGAUGGGUUUUUUUUUCAGCUUAGUUACAGUCUUCCCACUAAAUCUAAUGAUUCUAUAUGCUAGAAAAUUGCCAAAGUGAGGUGUGAUGUUGCAUUAAAAAAAUAAACUGUUGAAAUGCAGUCAUGUAAUAGAACCUUAACUUUUGUGAUUUUCUUGGUGAAAAUCUUGAAUAUAAAUAUCGGUAUGAUAUUAAAGUAAAAAGGAUUGUCAUCUCAAGUUAUAUUUAUCCUCUAGGCUGGUCAGUUUAGCCCCAUUUUUGUCUGAUGAAUAACAUUAUUCAACUUGUGGGUAUAGAAUUUUGUUUAGAACUUGAACUUAUAAAGACUUUUCCAGGAUGUAGACCAGGAAUUCCUUAUGUAGUCAUGAAAAUCUCGGGGCAUCAUGGUUAAAAAGCAUUAAAGUCACAUAGCAGUAUGUACAAACACUUGCAUAGACAUGUGUUCAGUACUACUUACAAACAUGUGUAGACAUGUGUUCAGUACUGCAGACAAACACUCAUGUAGACCUGUGUUCAGUACUACAGACAAACACUCAUGUAGACCUGUGUUCAGUACUACAGACAAACACUCAUGUAGACCUGUGUUCAGUACUACUGACAAACACUCGUUAGACCUGUGUUCAGUACUACUGACAAACACUCAUGUAGACCUGUGUUCAGUACUACUUACAAACACUCGUGUAGACCUGUGUUCAGUACUACAGACAACACUUGCGUAGACCUGUGUUCAGUACUUCAGACAAACACUCGUGUAGACCUGUGUUCAGUACUACAAACACUCAUGUAGACCUGUGUUCAGCACUACUGACAAACACUCGUUAGACCUAUGUUCAGUACAACUUACAAACACUCGUGUAGACCUGUGUUCAGUACUACUGACAAACACUCAUGUAGACCCGUGUUCAGUACUACUUACAAACACUCGUGUAGACCUGUGUUCAGUACUACUGACAAACACUCGUGUAGACCUGUGUUCAGUACUACAGACAAACACUCGCAUAAACAUGUGUUCAGUACUACAGACAAACACUCCUGUAGACCUGUGUUCAGUACUACAGACAAACACUCAUGUAGACCUGUGUUCAGUACUACUGACAAACACUCGUGUAGACCUGUGUUCAGUACUACUUACAAACACUCGUGUAGACCUGUGUUCAGUACUACAGACAAACACUCGUGUAGACCUGUGUUCAGUACUACUGACAAACACUCGUGUAGACCUGUGUUCAGUACUACUUACAAACACUCGUGUAGACCUGUGUUCAGUACUAAUGACAAACACUCGUGUAGACAUGUGUUCAGUACUACAGACAAACACUCGUGUAGACCUGUGCUCAGUACUACAGACAAACUACUGACAACUUGUGUACUGUAAACCAACUCUCUUAUCCAUUUCAUAAUUCACAGGUUUCAGUUGCAAAAUUCCCUUAAAUAGAAAGUUGGCUUACAGGCUCUCUCAGUGGUGUAAUAUUGGGUGAAAUUGUGAAGUUAUACUCUGGAUUAGCUCAUUUACAUCAGAUUGGAUAGUGAAUUUGUUUUCAGACUGAGUGUAUUUUCUGUAAAUGUCUUUUGAAAUCUAUGAAGUAUGCAAUCAUUAUUAUUAUUUCCUUUUUACAUGUAAAGCAUUAUCUGUGCCUUGCUCUUCAGGGUGAUUUAUAUCAGGCAUUAUUUUUUUUUUUUUUUUUACUUAAGUAAAAAAUCACCAUUGGAGUUUUUACAGAAUGGUGUCACCAAAAUAUUAAAUUGUUAGUUUUUUCAUGUACUAAAAUUGGAAUGUGAUGUACUUAUGUAAAUGCUGAAUAUUAAGUUGAAUUUUCCAAGGAGCAUUUGAAAUUAUCUGAUUCCAUUGUCAUAUUCUGGAUCUUCAGCUGACAUCUCUGUAUAGCAUUGGUUUUUCAUCAAGGGAGUUGUUUAUCACAAGGUGUAUGUCUACUGUGGUAGUUGUUUAUCACAAGGUGUAUGUCUACUGCAGGAGUUAUUUAUCACAAGGUGUAUGUCUACUGCAGGAGUUAUUUAUCACAAGGUAUAUGUCUAUAGCAGGAGGUAUUUAUCACAAGGUGUAUGUCUACUGCAGGAGUUGUUUAUCACAUGGUGUAUGUCUACUGCAGGAGUAAUCACAUUUUGUAUGUCUAUUGCGGGAGUUAUUUAUCACAAGGUGUAUGUCUACUGUGGGAGUCAUUUAUCAGGAGAUGUAUAACUACUUUGGGAGUUGUUUAUCACAAGGUGUAUGUCUACUGCGUGAGUUGUUUAUCACAAGGUGUAUGUCUACUGGGGGAGUUAUUUAUCACAAGGUGUAUGUCUACUGCAGGAGUUGUUUAUCACAAGGUGUAUGUCAACUGGGGGAGUUAUUUAUCACAAGGUAUGUGUCUACAGCGGGAGUUAUUUAUCACAAGGUGUAUGUCUACUGCGGGAGUUAUUUAUCACAAGGUGUAUGUCUACUGGGGGAGUUGUUUAUCACAAGGUGUAUAUCUACUGCGGGAGUUGUUUAUCACAAGGUGUAUGUCUACAGCAGGAGUUGUUUAUCACAAGGUGUAUGUCAACUGGGGGAGUUAUUUAUCACAAGGUGUGUGUCUACAGCGGGAGUUACUGAUCACGAUGUGUAUAUCUAUUGCGGGAGUUGUUUAUCACAAGGUGUAUGUCUACUGCAGGAGUUGUUUAUCACAAGGUGUAUGUCAACUGGGGGAGUUAUUUAUCACAAGGUGUGUGUCUACAGCGGGAGUUAUUUAUCACAAGGUGUAUGUCAACUGGGGGAGUUAUUUAUCACAAGGUGUGUGUCUACAGCGGGAGUUAUUUAUCACAAGGUGUAUGUCUACUGCGGGAGUUAUUUAUCACAAGGUGUAUGUCUACUGGGGGAGUUGAUUAUCACAAGGUGUAUAUCUACUGCGGGAGUUGUUUAUCACAAGGUGUAUGUCUACAGCAGGAGUUGUUUAUCACAAGGUGUAUGUCAACUGGGGGAGUUAUUUAUCACAAGGUGUGUGUCUACAGCGGGAGUUACUGAUCACGAUGUGUAUAUCUAUUGCGGGAGUUGUUUAUCACAAGGUGUAUGUCUACUGCAGGAGUAAUCACAUUUUGUAUGUCUACUGCGGGAGUUAUCACAAGGUGUAUGUCUAUUGCGGGAGUUAUUUAUCACAAGGUGUAUGUCUACUGCAGGAGUAAUCACAUUUUGUAUGUCUACUGCGGGAGUUAUCACAAGGUGUAUGUCUACUGUGGGAGUCAUUUAUCAUGAGAUGUAUAACUACUUUGGGAGUUGUUUAUCACAAGGUGUAUGUCUACUGCGGGAGUUGUUUAUCACAAGGUGUAUGUCUACUGGGGGAAUUGUUUAUCACAAGGUGUAUGUCUACUGGGGGAGUUAUUUAUCACAAGGUGUGUGUCUACAGCGGGAGUUACUGAUCACGAUGUGUAUGUCUACAGCACGAGUUUUAGUCAGCCCCAGUAAACAUUGUGAUGCAUAAGAUCAUGAUUAUUAGUGAUAAAAUUUGUUCCUUGAUGUUGUCAAAGCUAUUAUCUUGGUUCUCUGAUUGCAUGAAAAACUGAAAUCUUGUUGAAGAAAAGCAUGCCCCAUUUCCUGAUUUUAGUGAGAAGUUUCCUGAUAUUAUCUGACACUUUUACCUACCAAACCAGUAACAAAGCUUUAUAGCCCUGAAAUCAAUUCUUUAUUUAAUGGUCUUCCUGUCAUCUUGUAAAUUCAUAUGUAAAAACCAGUCAAGUUUAAAUUUUAUUCAGUAGGCUGUUUUGAUAAAUUGAAUGUCGGUUACUUUCAUUUUGCCUGGUGGUGAACAGGUAUUUGACGAUAUAGAUCACUGAUGAUGUAGGUAUGUUUUUAAGCGUUUUUUUUUUUUUUACAUAAUUGUUGUGAUUAAUAGGAAUAGAUCCAAGAAAGAUAUACCAUUAAAGGAAUUUUAUAACAACGACUUAAAUACUUAAACAAUGGAGAGUUCCAAAUCAAAAGUGAGAUCACUACUCAUAUGUUAUCAUUUUGUGUAUGUUCCAUGUGAUGUCAUCGUUUUAUGUGUACAAAUUUGUCCAAAUUUUCCUCAUAAGAAUUUCACUUGAUGUUAAAGUUGCUCUUAAAUCAUAAUCACACAUUUCAUCAUCAGACUUUUAGGCUCUUUAUAUUUUCACCCUGUAGACAAAAACAUCAAACACAGGAAUUUUUCACCAUAUUCAGCAAAACUGUGUUGAGGACAGCCUUCGUAUCAUCUAGCACUACUGUUGUCAUAGUGAUGAGAUACACAUCACAUGUCUAUCAUACUAAUGUAGCUAUUUAUUGGCUAUAUUCAUCUUCAGAAAUUUUUUGUUUUUUUCGGUUGCCUUGUUACUGUAAUAGUUCAGUUAUCCAUUUAUAUAUAUAUAUAUAUAUAUAUACAUGUAUAUAUAAUUACCUUACUUUGAUAAAAAUAAACAUUGUAAAUUACUA